AUGAGUUUGGGGGUCACAGGCGCUCCAGACGCGGUGUUGUGGAACGAUGCAUCCACGACUUCCAAAUUAGCGUCGCUUGUCGGUCCCGUCGCAUCAGCGCUUAGCGGAUCCGGCCAUCCUGCAAAGCUGCCCGGUUCCUCACAAGACCUCACAGCCAAGGAUCUCGCACUUGUUGCCUUCGACUUGCAGCGCUUCCAACACAAAGUUUUGGGUCCGGGCGCACCUCGACCUGCAGCAUCCGACGAGAACGGCAAUGCACUUCCGCAUCCGCCCAAGAUUCCAGCUACCUUGUUCCUACCAGCGGCUUCCCUCUCCUCGAUGUCCCUGCCACCUGCAGAAGACUCUCCACUCAGCUGCAUUCUGCAAGCUGCACUCAUCAGUGCAGCCUCAAGAUCCCUGGAGUCGUGGAAUGUGGAUGAUGCAGCAAAUGAGGGGAAGUUGAGGCAGGUCGUGGUGGAAGUGAGAGCUGCGCUGAGAGCCAAGGGACACUUGCCCAAGCACACCGUCUUUGGGGAGACCGAAAUAUCUGAAGCCGAAAUCGUAGCUUACCGCAAGCUCGCCACACAACUAGACUGUGAGUACUGACCUUGAAGGUCGGAUGUGUAGUCCAGUACAUGCUCAAGCUUGGCCUUUUUCGCCUCCGCUCUCUUGCGAUUAGGUGAAUGGACGAGCGAUCGCUCAGCAGCCACGCAUAUCCUUUUCUCCUCGCCCGAAAGCACCCCUUCCUCUCCCUCGGCUAGCACUGCAGCGCCCUCCGAAUACUUCCGCACCCUGGCUAGGACGACGCUUGCAAGUGGAAAGGCGGUAGCCUUGAUUCAUGUGUGGUACAGGCCCGACUCAUUCGACACCUGGCUCCCUGCAAAAGACUUUUCUUCUCCAGAACCAGAGCCAGCGCCAAAGAACCCCGAGCUUGCGCGAACGGUCGGCACCAAGUGGCUCGUGGAGAGUGCCAAGUACAACGAGCUCAUGAACGAAGAGGACUAUGAGAAGGACGAUGCAGAGGAAGCCAAGGCAGGCGCUGAAGAGGUCGGCUUAGGCGACGCAGAGGCGGGCAUCUCGGACGCUAAGAGCGAGAAGCCGCGCAAGCGAAGUCUACCAGAUGAGGUCACUGAGGAAGCUGAGGGAGAAGGCUCUGCAGCGCCAGGCAGCAAGCGCAUCAGGCUCUUCGUCGCUUCUCGUCCGUCUGGCGCCAUUGCGGUUGACGUUUCUGGAGCGAGCGGUCCCGCGCCUGGCAAAAAUUAUGAAUCCAACCCUGUUCCUGGAGGCGCGAUUGGCAACCUGCCGCCUGAGGCUGCACCUGGCCGGUCUCAAGGCGCAUCGCCCGCGGUGCAUGUAGCUGGAGAUACAAGCAUUGCUGACGGCGAUGUCACAAUGGGCGAAGCUGCCUUACCAUUAGUUGAGGUUGAGGAGGUUCCCUCGGCGGCUGAUGCAGCAGCUGCUGCGAGCGCCGAUGCAGCCGAUCGUCAAGCACAACAAGCAGAAGCAGACAAUCUGGCUCGUAUGUACCUGGCAGAACAGACGCAAGAAGUGAUCAUUCCAUCCUACUCGACCUGGUUCAGCUUUGGGUCGAUUCACUCCAUAGAGAAGCGCAGCUUGCCAGAAUUCUUCAAUGGCAGGAACCGAAGCAAGACGCCAAGUAUCUACAAAGACUACCGUGACUUUAUGGUCAACACGUACAGGCUCAAUCCCAGCGAGUACCUGACCUUUACAGCUUGCAGACGCAAUCUGGCAGGCGACGUGUGCGCCAUCAUGCGGGUACACGCUCUACUUGAGCAGUGGGGCCUCAUCAACUAUCAAGUGGAUCCGGACACGAGGCCUGCCACUCUAGGCCCUCCAUUCACGGGCCACUUCCGUAUUACGGUGGAUACUCCACGAGGCCUUCAACACGCUCACCCCGGCACCAAGCCGCGUCCUGCACGCACACUGCUGGCCGAUGGCGAGAGCGGCGCACAACAUCCGCAGGCAUCCAGUUCGGCUCAGCCUGGCGCACCCGACCUCACACUCGAGCUAAGACGGAAUGUCUAUCAGACGACCAUGAAGGCAGCUGUGACUGUGGACGGACAAACAGCUACAUCGCUGGCAGCUGCAGCCGACGCUGCUCUCAAAGCUGGUGCAGGCGCAGCGAGCUCGUACUCCUGCGACACGUGUGGUACCGAGUGUACGAGGUCCCGCUACCACAGUGUGCAUGCUCCUUCUCGUGGGCCAGGCGCAGGCGGAUACGUGCUCUGCCCAAACUGUUAUCUCGAAGGUCGCUUCCCCUCUUCGAUGUACAGCGGCGACUUCGUUCGCAUCGACGACUCACCAUUCAAGCAAGGUGGAGCACCGAGCCAAGACGACUGGAGCGAUGCAGAGGUGCUGCGACUACUGGAGGGUCUCGAAAUGUAUGACGACGAUUGGGCACAGGUGGCGAGUCACGUCGGUACGCGUAGUAGAGAACAGUGCAUCACGCGCUUCUUGCAAAUGCCAAUCGAGGAUCCCUACCUCGACGGAGGAGCGCCUCGUAAGCCUACAAGUGGCAUUGACGCCACCCAAAAGGCUUCGCGCGAGACCACACAAUCAGACCUAGGUGCUCUGCAGUACGUGCGCGAUCUCAAGAACGCAGCGAUCCCUUUCGCUCAGACUGACAACCCCGUCAUGAGCGUGGUUGCUUUCUUGGCCAGCGCUGUGAGCCCUGCUGUUGCUGCAGCUGCAGCCCAAAGCGCUCUAGGCGAGCUGACGGAUGGCAUGCGGAAGCGCAUCGCAUCAAAGGAUGGGUCGCAGAAUUCUCAAGCCGCUGCGGGUGCUAUGGGCGCAGACGGCGCCCCUAAAGCGCAGGACGAGCGCAGUAAAGAAGAUUCAGGAGCCCCAGGUGCUGCAGGCGCGAGUGCCGACAAUGCCAUGGACGUGGACUCGUCCGACAAGACAGCAGACGUAUCCAUCAAAGUCACAGAUGCUGCCAAGUCAGCUGUAGCUCAGGCUCGGGAAGAUAGGGAAGAUUUGGCCAAAGACUCGCAAGCUAUCCCGCGCAACGCCGUCGAGAAAGCGGCUGCUAUAGCUCUUGGCGCUGCGGCUGCCAAAGCUUCCAUUUUGGCCAGCCACGAGGAAAGAGAAUGCCAACGCUUAGUGGGACAGAUCAUCGAGGCUCAGAUGAGAAAGAUGGAGGUGAGUCGCACAACGCCGGGGUGGUCUGACGUGCAUCAAGCGCUGACCUAGACUCUGCUCAUCCUUGCAGAUCAAAAUGUCGCACUUUGAAGAGCUCGAAGGCUUGUUGGAACAGGAGAGGCGAUCUGUCGAGGCUGGCCGCAAGCAGCUGUACGCGGAUCGCCUGGCGCUUAGCAAGCAGGUAGCUGCCGUCAACGAUCUGCUCAAGCGCGCUCGCGAAGCGCCUGCCAAUGUCACACCGGCUGACGUGGCCGCGGCUUCGUCAUUGGCGCACGGGCUGCCACAGCAAGGGCCCUCUGUUCAGGCCAACGAAGUCCCUGCUCACCCUUCCUCCGGCAAUUACGCUCAGCUGUGA